UCUCGGCGCCCGCGCUCUCUCUGUUGUCAACAACAGGGCGCUUGCUAGGGGUGGCGGUUUGCAAAGUCGGAGGGAAACGCCGCGCUAGCCGCGCACACGCAGGCAUUCGUAACCUGCGCAGCCGUAUUGGUGUCGUAGCUGCUGCAGCUGUGCCCGUACUGCACGCUGCACUACACACAGCGGAAGAGUCGGCAUGUACAACGGCAUUGGGUUGCAGACUGCCCGCGGCAGUGGCACCAACGGCUAUGUCCAGCGCAAUCUCUCCCUCGUCCAGCGCUCACGGGAGAAGGUCAACUACAAGACGGAAGAGGACAUUCAGCGCUUGGAUGCACAGCUCAUCCGCAAGGCCAACUCAGAGAUUCUUGAUCAUGAGCGCAAGCGCAAGCUCGAGAUCAAGUGCCUGGAACUCCAGGAAACCAUGGAGGAGCAAGGCUAUGAAGUGGACGAGAUAGCGGCAAAGGUGGAUGAGCUGCGUGAACUGCUGCAGCAGCAGGGCCACCUCCUUGACUUCCCGGCUCCCAAAGACGAGGCGGGGCGCUCCAUUGUGAAGGAGACUCACCAGAUGGCGGAGGCGAACCAGGAGAAGAAUGCCAAGCUCAAGGAGGCCCUGGGCAUCAGCAGCUUCUUUGUGGAAGGCAGCUCCUUCGACCCAGACCGCAAGAGCCGCGAGGCAGCAGCCGAGGCACAAAAGCAGCUCCACAGCCUCGUUCCCGAUGAUUCAGACAGCUCUCCCGAGCAGAAGAGCAAGAAGAAGAAGGCAACGAGCAAAAGGAGCCCGGUGCCUAAGAAGAAGAAGAGCUCAAGGAAGCGCGCAAGGUCAGAAUCCCCUGCGGCGGUGAAGCACCACCGAAAGAGCAAGCCUAAGAAGAAGCAGGCAUCAUCAAAGUCUAAGCGCAAGUCCCGCAAAAGUCCUGUGGCAGAGAGCCGACGCAAGCGUCAACGGCGAUCACCAUCCGAGUCGAGCAGUUCGGCUGACCAGAGCAGUGACGAGUCGUCCGAAUCCUCCUCUGAGGAUGAGAGCGAGUUGUCGUCGUCUGAGGAAAGCAGCCCAGAGCGAAGUAGGCAAGACCGCAAGAAGAAGUCGUCUGUAAAAAGGAUUCACCGCAAAUCGGUCAAAGAGGGCAGCAGUUCAAAGUCUCGCAAGUCUCGCAAGGACCGUCACAUUGAUGGCAAAAAACGGCAUCGCGACGAGGACGAGGAGCGGCACAAGAAGCCACUGACCAGUGGGGACAAGCACCGGCGGGUGGUGGCACGCAGCGACAGCAGCCAGUCGGAGGCGCGUGGCCGCAAGGUGCGCACCACCCGCUCGUCAAGCAGCGACUCUACACCACCCAGCCACCGCAGGAGGCGCACCGCCAAGAAGAAGCGCAAGUCUCGUAGAGAGACCAGCAACGAGUCAUCCUCUGAGCAGUUGAGCUCGUCUUCGUCAUCUUCCGAGGAGGAGGAGCCACAAAAAAGGCCCAGCAAAUCGGCCCGCAGUGGUCGCCCCAAGGAAGCAGUCAAGGCCAAGCCGAGUAAGCCUAACAAGGAGAAGACCAGCAAGGAGCACAGCAGUGACCAGCCUCGUGACAGCCCCCCGAGGCCCCCUGCGUCGAGUAAGCCUCCCAAGGAACGCCCUCAGGAGGAGGCUGCCCCACCAUCUCCACCCAAGCAGCCCAACGGGCACACUUCUCGACCUCAACUGGCUUCCCGCUCCAGGUCCCGAAGCAAGGGCCGUCCGAGGCACUCCCCCUGGAAUUCACCACACCGCCGCCACAGGGACUCUCGCUCCCCAUCCUACAACUCGUACCGCAACAGAUCCCCGAGCCCGGAGCACAGGCAGACACGGUCUCGCGAGCGGAGUCGCUCGCGGGACCACUCCUACAGCAGCCGGAGUUACAGCUCGAGGUCUUGCUCGAGGUCUGCGUCGUCUCGCUCGAGGUCAUACGCACGUAGUCCCUCCAUUCCGCGCCGCAAAGGGUCCCCAAGCUUUCUAGAUAAGAGGCGCAUAACCAGGGCUCCCGAUGCUAAAGUGAGGUACAGCAGCAGCAGAAGUCGCAGCAGCUCCCGGCAUGGCCAUCGUCGCCGAAGGCGGUGACCCGCCAUUUUUCUGCCUUUGUUGCCCGUUUCUUUUUUUGUUUCUUUUUUUUUCCCUUUUAAAUCUCUCUCCUCGCACUUCUUACAGAGGAACUGGAAGACUCCUGCCAAGAUCUCAUUGUUGCAUAUAUUCAUGGCCUCUGGAAGGACGAGGAGAGAGAUUUUACAUUUUAUGUUGACAGCAAAGCAUAGUAGCACCAUACAUAGGCUUAUGGUGGACUUUCCAUCCAAAAAAGCUGCAAAUAAAGUCAUGGUUUCAUGUGUGUUC